UGGCUAUGUGCUGGGCGGUGGUUAUAUGGCUCUUAGUGGCCGGGAGUGUGCACGGCAUCGCCAACAAAGUCAUCGACGUGGCGACCACGUGUGACAAGAGUUCGAUCGCCGUUCACAUCAUCAUGGAUCAGCCAUUUAAAGGACUUGUUUUCAGCAAAGACUUCUCGAGAGAGUGUCGAGUACAAGGGAAAUUACAAAAGAAAGUGUCAUUGAAUCUACCGUCAAACGCCUGCGGAGUACGUACAUCUACUAUCAAUUCGACGGUGGAAGAGCCCGAUGAUAAUGAGGACCUGUACUACACGGUGGAGCUGGUUAUACAAAUGGACCGUCAGCUGCAGCAGUCCUCCGAUCAAGAGUUAAUGGUGAGGUGCAAGCUGAAACCACCUGCCGUCAGGAUCCACAGCUCAGCACUCGAGGGCGUCAUCAGCACGAAGCUACGAGAGAUGACAAGUAAAGAAGCUAAGAAAGUUAGAACGGGUCGUAAUCGUCAAGGCUUCAACCCAGCGGAGGCGGAACAGCGACAGCAGUUGGUGCAGGCGGCGCGCGCCUGGAUGGAGCUGGCGCCCACCGCAGCCGCCGCAGAGCCCGCCUCCGUCGAGGUCGGCCAGCCCACGCGGCUGCUCAUACAGUGUACCUUGCCUGUUGGUGUGGGCCUACGAAUAACAAACUGCGUCGCGCACGACGGCUUAGGAGAAGCGUCACAGAAACUUCUAGAUGAUGCCGGCUGCCCCAUCGAUGAGGCUAUCUUCAGCAGCCCCACCCUUCAUGAACAUAAGCACCGCGGCCCAGAAGUUGAUCUUUCCGACUUAAAACCUGUCGAUCCUCAACAAAAUAUACAAGAAUCUACAAAGAUAAAGCAGAUAAAGAACGACCCAGACUACGCUUUCAAGAAUAUUAUGACAUAUCAACAUGCUGUAGUCACUUUCGCGGCAUUCAAAUUCCCAGAUAGAGCGAAACUACAUUUAACCUGUGGGGUGGAACUUUGCAAAGGAAACUGUCCAAAGAUAGAUUGUAAAGCUUUGAGAAGACCGCAGCAGACCAGAGACGGGCUGCUAAGGAAAGCGAGGCUGGACAAAGAUGCCAGAGGAUUGGUUAUUGAUAGGCUAGAGGUGUACAACAGCAUAGAAGUUCUUGCGCCGAACAUUGAGCUCGAGGACGAAGCAUCAAUAAGAGGGUCGAGAAGAAUAGACGGUGACAAAGAUGAAUUCGUACGAGGCUUCUCUCCAGGAGACAAAACGAUAUGCUUAUCACCUGGCAAAAUGGCUCUUGCGUUUUGUGUGUUAGGGAUCAUUUUUCUAUGCGCUAUAGCUGUCGCAUUUGCAUCAUUAGUGCGAGCGAGAAGACGAAUGGUUCGCGAACCAUUGCAUACGUCUCUCUCCUUCUACACCGGCAGCAAGAGUUUGUUCUCUUCCAGUGAGAGUUCCAGUUCUGGUCUAAGUGGGAGUAAACUGUUAUUAACCGAUAGUCCUUACUUAGAUCACCAUUCAUCUUCUAGCAAUAACUGGCCUUAUGCAAGAGCGUUUUAAACAUAUUAACGAUGUAAAAAAUAUAUCAGAGCAGAGUUUUUAAUAAAUUUUGUUUUUCAUAAAUACACCUAGAAAUUAGGCAAAAUUUUAAUUUAAAUUGCCUUUAAUAAUAUGUACUAAUCAGAGUUUGUGAAUAUAUUUUUUUAAUUUGUUAUAGACACAGUAAUAUUGUUAAUUCAGUAUAUUUCAAUGGUGCAAUUAAUUCUUAUUUUUUAACGUUAUUUUCAAACAGUGAAUGAUAUUAGCGAACUUUUUAAUACUCUUAUGAAAUAUUGGUGCUUGUGUUGAAAUUAUUAAUGUACGAUUAAUUUAAAACAAAUGGGAUUGUUUUGUGGGAAGACUGUCCGAUGAACAUUACUCUAAUGAUUAGUUUGAUGUUUAAUUUAUUUUUAUUGUCAAAAACAUGCUUGAGGUGGUGCUUUUGAUAGAAAUACAUAGGGAUUUGUAGAAAGUCCUAUGUAUAAUUUUUAGAGAUUUAAGGUAAUUUAGGUUAAUUCAUCAGGGAAUGUUACGGAAAAAUAUAAUUUCGAUUACACAAUACAAGGCGUAAUAGCAAUUUUGUAAAACUUUUGUAACGUUUUACAUAAUACAAGAAGAAACUGGCCACAUAGCUAUAUUCUCAAGAUAAUAAUAUAUCUUAUUAAUUUCGUAUGUAACAUAUUAAUUAUACUUAAUUAAAGAUAUAGAAUUGGUAAUUAGCUAUUGCUAUAUUGCUACUUCAAAAUGGUGGCGGUUGAGAUCGAGUUGAAUAUUAAUUUUUAUAAAAAGUCAUUAGUGCCACCUCGAAACAAUAUAAUUUAAGUUUUUCUUCAUAAUUUUAAGACUAAGAAUAGGAUGACAUUGUAUUUGACGAAAUAUUUAUGUUUAAAUGAAUCAUAUAUUGUGAUAAAAAAUAAUGUUAUAGAAAAAUAAGUU